AUGGCUAGUUCAUCACGUGUUUCUCCUCACGGUUUAGAACACAAGCCACCAAAAGAUUUCAACAUUGAUAUAGUAAAGACAGUGGUGGUUGGUCAAAGUGGUGACUUCAAAACCAUCCAAUCAGCCAUCGACUCCAUUCCCUCUGGUAACAAUAACUGGAUUAAGAUUCAACUUCAAAACGGAAUCUACUUCGAAAAGAUAGUGAUUCCGAGGGAGAAACAAAAGAUAAUAAUGCAGGGAAACAACCCAUCAGAAGUGAUAAUUGAAUAUAAUGAUGCAGGACUAGCCAAUACGAGUGGUCCGAUCUCCGUUAGCGCUGAGUACUUCGUUGCGAUCAAUGUUACAUUCAAGAAUUCUUAUAACAAUAUAAUAUCACUAGUACCAUAUAAAAAGAUAAAGGUAGCUCCAGCAAUUAUACUAACCGCGGACAAGGCGUCGUUCUAUGGCUGCCGCUUCAUCAGUGUCCAAGACACACUGGCUGACUUUGCCGGCCGUCACUACUUCAAAAACUGUUACAUCGAAGGAGCCAUUGAUUUUAUAUGGGGAGGAGGCCAAUCUAUAUACGAAAAAUGCGUGAUAUACGUUAAAGGAGUGACAAAUGAAAUGGUGCAAAGCGUAGCAACAUUACCGGGAUACAUAACCGCGCAAGGGAGGCAAAGCGAGCAAGACACAAGUGGAUUUGUGUUCAAAUAUUGCGUGAUUAAAGGAGAUGGUACGGCGUCCUUGGGAAGAGCUUACCGAAGCUACUCUAGAGUUGUCUUUUAUGCAACCAGCAUGUCCAAAUCUAUUGUUCCGCUAGGAUGGGAUGCUUGGUCUUAUAAAGGCCACGAGUACGUAUACUUCUAUUUUAUUAUGUAUAUAAUGUUCUUUUGUUGCAUAUGUGGCAAACAUAUAAUGAUAAUCGUGGAAUUACAAACAAAUGAAAUCAGGGAUAAAAUCACAUUUGCGGAGGUAAAGUGCAGGGGAGAAGGAGCGAAUACGCAAAAAAGAGUUGAAUGGAAGAAGAAUAUUUCUAAAAGAGAACUUGCUUUCUUAUAA